AUGAAUAUACCGACCGAUCAACGCUCCUACUUUGCUCUCCCAGCUCGCCCCCACCCCCAAGACCCUCUCCCCCCAAAACGGCCUCCGUCCGCAUCCCCGCCCAGAACUCCCUCCCCGCCCAGGACUCCCCCGGCCCUUCCAUCAUGGACUCCAAUCAACGAACCUCCAUCCCUGCCCUCAUCCCCGUCCCCAUCCCCCGAACCCUCGGAUAACGACGGGGAAGCGGAGCAUCUUUCACCCAAGGCAAUCCACCGUCGCGGGAACCACUCCCGGCGGUUCGAGAGCCUAUUAGCGAAGCACUCACUCACAGCCCCGCCCGCAAAACCUUACUCCCUGCGCGCGAAGCAUUUGACGGUUAUUACGACAAUUCUACACAGGUCCUUGUUGGAAGCAGACUACCAGCGUGCGGCACGCGCUUUUGCUCUGCUGAUACGGUGUAAAGGCGUUGACCUUCGGCCCCUCUGGAGUAUAGGCCUCGAUCUCCUCCUCCGAAAACCUACCACUCCCGCUCCUGCUAAUGCAAACGUUGGGAAAGCGAUUGAAUACCUGAACCGCUUGAUACUAUUCUACCCAUACCGUCCUCGCAUCCACGCUCACCACCCCGCGAUAAUCUCUACUGCUAGGAGGAAGGAAGGGGACAUUGGGCGUGUGGGUGCUGCAUCCGCGCUAGAUUUCUACCCUGCACUGUUUCGAUUGCAAGUUAUUCAGCCGGGAGGUCUUGGGAAGGUUCGGGAGGAGAUUGAGGAGCUGAUGCUGACACCGCCGUGGCCGGAUAUGGUUGGCUUGUGGUUGAUGAAGGGGAUGGUGUUGAAUGCGAUUGCGGAUGAGGAGAGGGAUCUGGGGAGGAAGGAGGAAUUGAGAGCGGGGGCUGAAGAGUGUUUUGACGCGGUGAGGGAGAGGGGUGGUGAAGUUCCCGAUGAGGCGUCUUGGGAGGAAGGGAUGGACGAU